AUGGAAGGAGGAAUACAUGGAGGAACAGAUGUAUCAGCUUUCAGAGAAUGUUUCUCUCUAACAUGGAAGAAUCCUUAUGUUCUUCGUCUUGCUUUCUCCGCCGGAAUCGGUGGUCUUCUCUUCGGUUACGACACCGGAGUUAUAUCAGGAGCUCUGCUUUACAUUAGAGAUAAUUUCAAGACUGUUGACAGAGAAACUUGGUUACAGGAGAUGAUAGUGAGCAUGGCGGUUGCAGGAGCCAUCGUCGGAGCCGCCAUAGGAGGUUGGGCCAACGACAAAUUCGGGAGAAGAAGCGCGAUUCUCAUGGCGGAUUUCCUCUUCCUAGUAGGAGCUAUUGUUAUGGCGGCCGCUCCUAACCCGUCCCUCCUUGUCAUCGGCCGUGUUUUUGUUGGCUUGGGGGUCGGGAUGGCCUCGAUGACCGCUCCUCUCUACAUCUCAGAAGCUUCUCCGGCUAAGAUCAGAGGAGCUUUGGUCAGUACCAAUGGGUUUCUCAUCACCGGAGGACAAUUCUUGUCUUACCUCAUUAACUUAGCAUUCACCAAUGUGACGGGAACAUGGAGAUGGAUGCUUGGAAUCGCAGGAAUUCCAGCUCUUUUACAGUUUCUCUUAAUGUUUACACUUCCAGAAUCGCCUCGUUGGUUAUACCGCAAGGGAAGAGAAGAAGAGGCUAAAGCAAUUCUGAGAAGAAUAUACUCAGCAGAAGAUGUAGAACAAGAGAUUUGCGCACUUAAAGACUCGGUUGAAUCAGAGAUACGCGAAGAAGGAUCUACCGAGAAGAUCAACAUGAUCAAACUAUGCAAAACGAAAACCGUUAGACGAGGGCUAAUAGCUGGUGUUGGUCUCCAAGUGUUUCAACAGUUUGUUGGAAUCAACACUGUUAUGUAUUACAGUCCAACCAUUGUUCAGCUCGCCGGUUUCGCUUCAAACAGAACAGCUAUUCUCUUGUCUCUAGUUACCGCAGGACUUAACGCAUUCGGUUCCAUCAUUAGCAUUUACUUCAUCGAUAGAACCGGAAGGAAAAAGCUUUUGAUCAUUAGUCUUUUUGGAGUCAUAAUCUCGCUAGGAUUACUAACCGGUGUUUUCCAUGAAGCGACUACUCACGCUCCCGCGAUUAGCUCACUCGAGACACAAAGGUUCAAGAACAUUACUUGUCCGGAUUAUGACUCAGCUAUAGAAACCAAAGCUUGGGAUUGUAUGACUUGUUUGAAAGCUUCUUCUCCUUUUUGUGGGUUUUGUUCAUCUCCCAGUGGAAAGGAACAUCCCGGGGCGUGUUGGAUUGCUAAUGAUUCGGUUAAGGACUUAUGUCAUAACGAAAACCGGCUUUGGUACACAAGAGGAUGUCCAAGCAAUUUUGGUUGGUUUGCUCUUCUUGGAUUGGGACUUUAUAUCAUUUCCUUCUCUCCAGGAAUGGGAACUGUUCCAUGGAUAGUUAACUCAGAGAUAUAUCCAUUAAGAUUCAGAGGAAUCUGUGGAGGCAUAGCUGCAACCGCGAAUUGGAUAUCGAAUUUAAUUGUGGCUCAAUCUUUUCUUUCAUUGACUGAAGCUAUUGGCACUUCUUGGACAUUUCUCAUCUUUGGAGUGAUCUCAGUCAUUGCUCUUGUCUUUGUUGUGGUUUGUGUUCCGGAGACAAAAGGAAUGCCAAUGGAAGAGAUUGAGAAGAUGCUUGAAGGAAGAUCAAUGGAGUUUAAGUUUUGGAAGAAAAGAUCACAAUUUGUUGAGAAACAAAACCAGAGUGCAUGA